AUGUCUGCACUAGUUGGUAUCUCUUUAGAGCAAAUUAACAAAAGAAAUCAGAUUGAGAUGUAUUUGGAUGAGAUGUAUGGCCCUGGUCAUUCUGCUGUAAUAGAUUCACAAAAUAAGUUUGUUGUUAUCAGAAAUAACAAGCACAUGCUUGAAUUUCAUAUUGUCUAUAUUCGAAGUAGUUCUG